AGAUGGUAUAGUCAUUCAUAAGUUUGCAUACACAGUAAGCGUCAAGCUAUUUAAACUUGUACAUAAUGUCUUUAUGCUGAUCGCUAUGAUCUUAGUAUUUAAUUUGCAUCGUAUAUUUAUAAAUUACUUUUCUCAAUUACAUGGCUAAAAAUGUAGAUUCACCCUUAUUUGUAGGAGAUGUAUACGAUCUUGCAGCAGAUAUUGGUAAAGAAUUUGAAAAAUUGAUUGACGCCUGUGGAACUGAAAAUAUUCGUAAUCUAAUGACCAAAGUUAUAGUGACUCUUGAAUAUUUAGAAUCGAGCACUGUUAUAGUUGAUAGACUUCAAAGUGAAUUACUAGAAAUUAAAGCUCGAGUUGAGCAGCUUGAGUACGAAAAAUUGGAACGAGCUGAAUUCAGGAAUAAACUUGAUCAGGAGCUAGAAAUUAUUGAAGAAAAUUGGAGGAAGGAAACUUAUCACUUAAAUUCUCUGGUUGUAAAACUUCAAAAUGAAAACAAGCGUUUAAGUGUUCUUAUAACUGAAAAGGAGAAACAUGCACCUAAUGAUUGCAAAGUAUUUAUGUCUGAUGAAGAAUUGGUAGUGGUUCAAAAGCUAAAAGAGCUAGCGGAACAACAUCGAGCACAACUGAUAUCUAAAGAUAAAGAACUUUUGGAAAGAAGCAAUGAAUUAGAAAAGGUGCAAUUAGAUCAUGAAAAAUUAACAAAAGUUUAUAAAGAGUUAACACACCGUAACAGACAUUUGCAAAAACAAGUCUAUACUUUAGUUGAAGAAAAAUCAGAUUUACAAGCUAGUAUUCAAAACCAGCAAAGGGAAUGUCAAGAAUUGCAAUCUAAUCUGAAUGUUGUUGUUAAGGAAAAUAUUGACCUUUCUACUGCUGAGGACAGAAAUAAACUUGACUUCCAAGGCAAACUUCUCAUUGAUCUUGACGAUCCAAACAGGCCUCGUUUUACCUUGGAUGAACUUAGACAUAUUUUAUUUGAAAGAAAUGAUCUCAAAGCAAAAGUUAGUGAUUUAGAAGAUGAACUUAGUCUGCACAAACAAAAAAAUUUUCCUAGCUCCCUUAGUUUGACAUCAUUAUCUAUUGAUCAAGAAGAGCUUCCUGUUCAAGGCCCUAUCAAUAAAGAGCCUGAUGAAAAAUUAUAUCCUGAAAAAAAGAAAUUAGGAAUUCGAAGAUUUUUUCAUUUUCUUCGACGAUUCUCAGUGGAUAGACCUGAAUCACUAGUGCAAUUUUCAGCUUCCCCUCGGUGACCUGGCCAAAGUUAAUGUGAAGUGCUUUUGUCUUUGGAGUUCCAACUAGUGCCACCUUCUGUGUUUUUGAUGAGAACUUCAGUUGUUAUACCAAGGCUUGAUAUAUUAUUUCUUGUUGAUAGAAAACUAUUUAUUUAGUUUGAAAUGUUAGAUAUUUCUUCUUUUUAAGUCAGCAAUUUGUGUUUUUUGUGAAAGCUAUGUGUGCUUGAAAUUUAAUGACUUUCAUUGCUCUUAUUUUAGCCAUAUUGUAACACAGCUCUUAGAUUUUGUAGUGCAGCCUAGCAAUGAAGCUUAAUAAUCUGAAAAUGCAAUUCAAAACAAAUUUAUAAAAUUUUAUAUUUUUUUACAUCUUUUGUAAGAUUUUUUGUAUUCCAUGCAACUAGCUGAUGUAUCUUAUAUAAUAUGAUGCAUUGAAAAAUUAUCUUUUCAUUUAUUUAUGUAUCCUAAAUGUUAUGUAUCUUUAAAGUAUUUUACACUGUUUUAUUCAAUAUUCUGUGAUAAAAAGAAACAAAUGUAAUUAUCAAUUUGUAAUCUUUGUUUUUAUUUAAAAUUUCUUUUUAGGGCUUAUUGCUACUAAAACAGUGUUAUGAUUUUCUCAAAUGGUUAUCUUUUAUACUAGUUAUUUUAGUGCCAUGUAUUAAUAAAAUAAAAUUGUCAUGCAAUAAUCCCUCAUUUAAAAAACGUAAUAAAAGUUAAUUAAGCUUAAAUAUUUUGAAUAAAAAUUUUAAGUAUAUAGUUUCAAAGUACUUUUCUUGAAUAAUUAAAAUAAAACCCUAUUUAAUACAUACUGUAAAGGUUUGAUUAUUCGGGAUGCAUGAGGAUGAGCUAAUUAUCCUAAAUUCUAGAUAUCUAUGUACCUAAAAUCUCGGUUUAAUAUAUAGACUUUUUUUCCGGAAAUAAGUUUCCAAACCUUAAUAAAAAACAAAAAUGCCGUAAUAAAAACAAAAAUUUAUCAGAAUCAGUACUUAAGAAACAAAAAUAAUAAUGAUAAAGGUUUAAAAAAACUGAUUUAAUUAAGUGAGGAAAAAAAUACAACGGAAAAAUUCUUUUUAAUUCCUAUGAUAUUUUAAUAACAAUCUGUUUUAAAUAUUUGAUGGGGGAAUUCUCAGUUUUCCAUAUUGCCUUACUUACUGGGAAAAUGCAGCAUCAUAAGAAACGUAACGAAUGCUUACCUGAAUCUCUCCUUGCAGAAAAAUAAAAAUGAUAUAUAAAAAAUUAUGAAAAAUUGUCUAUAAAAAUAUAAAAACUGAAUGACUAACUAAAUAAUAGCCAUAUAAGUAAUAAAAAAAAGUUAUAUUUCAAAGUAGUGUCUAAAGGCUUUGGUGAAACAAGAAAUUUUUUUUUUUAAAGUUUUUAGAAAACGAAUCAACAACCCUAAUGAAAGUGCCAAUAAAUAAAAAAAUAGUAAAGAUGAGGGGUAAAAUACUAUCAGAGUUGUUCAUAAAAAUAUUAAAUAUAAAAAAAUUAUAUUGCAAAGUGGUAAAAAAAGGGAGAAUUGCAAAAAAAAAAAAAUAUUGUUUUAUAUUCUAUUAUUAUUUGUUUAAAUUCUUUAACUAUAAAAAACAAUGUCUUUCAUAUCCCCAUUUUUCAAAAUCAAGUAUUUAAAAAGAAAGACUUAAACUUGGCAUUUUUUAUAUUUUUAUUAUUGAUGAAAAAAUUCUUCCAACAAUUUUUUUUACGAAAUUUAGCAUGUGAUAUUUUCUAAAAAGUUUUUCAUUUUUAUAAAAAUUUUGAUGCAAGGAAAAAUGUAAAAGAACAUUGUAAAUGAACUUCUUAUUAGUUAUUUUAAAAUUAUUUAUUGAUUUUGUUUUUUAGUAGUUAUUAACGAUAUAAUAGUUACUAACUAGAGAAUAAGAAUUUCAUAUCUUUGUAUUGAUAAUUUCUGAAGAAAAAAAAAAUUAUUGUUCCUUAUCUCUUCAAAAGCAUAUCAUGUUGAAAAAAGUCAAUCAAAAUUCUUGAUGUUAGCAGAAAAAUAAUGAAGUUCUCAGCUGCAUCAAGCCCUAAGUACCAAUUUUUAAUGAUUUAGGAGCAAUUACUAUGUUGCAGCUUGUUGUGUACCUUACAUUCUGAUAAAACAUAUGUAUUUAUCAGAGAGCAAGGGGGAAAAAAUUACCAAUAUGAAUAGAUUUUGCUUUAAUGAUCAAAUUUUCAUGUAUUAUAAUGCUAUCUUAAUGGCUCAAAGGGCAUUUCUUAAAACAUGCUUAAUUGUUAGUAUUAGUAGGACUAGGGGUUGUUAAGAUUUUGGUAUCUCUACAUAUGGUUAGAUUAAUAUUUUACAUUUGGAAUCUCAUAAUUCUGAACAAAUAACUAGAAUGCAUCAAAAACAUGGUUACAUCCUAAUUUCUGAUGCUUUUUAAAAAAAACGUCAAUCCAAAUAUUGUUGAUCCAUGAGUUCCCUUGUCUUCUGGAUUGGGUUCAAAAUUACAAGGCUAUGGAGUUAAUAAUUUGAAGUUUUAAUAAUGGAAAGUAAAAUUAUUUGUGUACAUUAUAAUUCAAAAGUUUUUCAAUUUUUACUAAAUUAACUUAUAAAAAUAUACUCAUAAAAAAUUAUUGAAAAACCUUAUAAUUUUCUAAAUGAAAUUUUUAAAAAAAUAUUCUCAUGAAAUUUUUUUUUACAUCAUAUUACCUUCAGGUUAAUAUGUUUUAUAAAUGAAAGUAGGUACUAAAGAAGGUACUAGUAGAAGUUUUUGAUUUGUUAAAAAGUGCCUACAGAUAUGACGGAAAUUAAAGAAGUAACUUUUAAGGAAACCAAAAUUUUCACUGCUCUUUUGAAUAAACUAAUGGGACCAUAUUUUCCUAGUAUCUGCUGCCUCCUAUUUUGAGAGUCAAAAGUUCAUAAUAGUUAGAGAAAAUGAUAUGUUCGUUUAAAAAAGUAUGUUUUCUAGUCUUAUUUCAUUACUCAGUUCAUCAGUAGCAAUAGCAAUCAAUAUCCCCUUUCAAACCAUUAAGAUAGCAUCUUACCACAUAAAAAUGUGGCCGUUAACUUAAAAAUUUAUUGAUGAUGAUUUUUUAAGUCUCUGUACAUAAAAAUUAUUUAUUUUUAUUUUAUUUAUUUAUUUUUUUGCUACAGGAAAGUUUUUUUUUUGCCUUUGUAGUGUACUCUUUUUCUCUUAAAAAUAUGACAACUAAAUUUGAUUUCAUAUGUAGUUUAACCAUUAGUUUGAAAAAUCAAUUUCAGUAUUAUUAUUUUUAUAGUUUUUUUUCUUCUUCAUGCAAAUGAAAUACUUCUGCAUACAAUUUCAUACCUGGUAUACCUAAAAGCUGAAAAUUGUUCAUAAAAUCAAUUCUAAUAUCCCUUUAAAAUGUAGAUUUAGUCAAAAUCAUGAUAGUAAAUUGAUGUGAAUUCUUUUCCAUCAGAAAAUUAAAGGAAAUGUGAAUGUAUGAAAUGAAAAAUAAUAAAUAUUUUUUUGAAUGA